CGCGGGAGGGGUCGGGGCGUGAGGAAGACACAGGCCAGGCGAGCGCAAGGCUGAACCGCAUUCCAGCCACUGCUGCCUCCGGCGAUGCCUCCGCUCUGGACACUGCUGGCGCUUGGCUGCCUGCGGAGUGGCUCGACUGUUGACCUCCAGCCCCAGCUGGCCAGCAUAACCUUUGCCACCAACAACCCCACGCUCACCACCGUGGCCCUGGAAAAGCCCCUCUGCAUGUUUGACAGCACAGAGCCACUCACCGGUACCUACAAGGUCUACCUCUACGUCAUGGUAGACUCGGCCAGCUCCAGGAAUACUUCCGUGCAGGACAGCAACAAGAGCCCCCUGAGAUCCACAUUCUGGCAAACCAUGGGCGGGAGGACGAGGCCCUACAGAGCUGCCGCCUUUGACCUGACCCCUUGUGGUGACUUGCCCAGCCUGGACACCGUCGGGGAUGUGAACCAGGCUGCAGAGAUCCUGGAUGUGUACCUGGUCAGGGUGGGGGACAAUGGGACCUGCCUGAGGGAUCCCAACUUCCGGGGCCUCUGCAACCCCCCGCUGUCAGCUGCCACAGCAUACAGGUUCAAGUAUGUCCUGGUCAACAUGUCCACGGGCCUGGUGCAGGACGAGAGCCUGUGGUCGGGCCCCAUCCACACUAACCAGCCCACCCCCUAUACGGCCAUCGACACGUGGCCCGGCAGGCGCAGCGGGGGCAUGAUUGUCAUCACCUCCAUCCUGGGCUCUCUGCCCUUCUUCUUGCUAGUGGGCUUCGCUAGCGCCAUCGUCCUCAGCUUCGUGGACAUGGGCAGCUCUGAUGGGGAGAUGACCCACGACUCCCAGAUCACACAGGAAGCUGUCCCCAAGUCCCUGGGGACCUCGGAGUCGUCCUACACGUCUGUGAACCUUGGGCCACCCCUGAACCGGGCGGAAGUGUUCUCCAGCAAGCUGCAGGACUGAGCUGGGCGGGCCGGGUCUGCGCUCUCCUCCUCCUCCUCCUCUCGGUGGGGGCUGGGGUCGGGCUGGAAGCAGGGCGGGUUGGUCCAGCCUUGCGGAAACCUAAGAGGCCCUGACAUGUGAAGGCCAGAAACAGAGUACAGAAUAAAUGGGUAACUGAAGGGGUGGGUGAGUCGUGUCCUACUGAGGGCUUGGACUCUGUCCCUUACUGGUCAAAACUAUGCUGGUGAAGGUGAGUCAGAACAUGGAAGUUAAGAAGAUAUAGCCAGGCAUGAUGGCACAGGCCUGUAAUGUAGGCACUCAGGAGUCUGUAGGCGGGAGGAACACAAGUCCAAACCCAGCCUGGGCAGUUGAAGGACUUAAGUGAGACUUUCGUUAAUAAAUAAAUAAAUGGCUGGCGUUCUA